AAGAGUUUCAGCAGGACACCGACUUCCGGUUAGCUGGAGAAUUCAAAUGUUUGUUUAGUUGGAGGUGAAAGUCGUUCCUCAGAGUGAUUAGACAUGUCCACACUGUUCCCCUCUCUGUUCCCGAGGAUGACCGAGUCCCUGUGGUUUAAUCUGGACCGGCCGUGUGUGGACGAAGCAGAACUUCAGCAGCAGGAGCAGCAGCACCAGACCUGGUUACAGAACAUCGCAGAGAAGGACAGUAACCUGAUGCCCAUCGGUCGGCCGGUGUUCGAGACAUUUGAUGAGGAGGAAGAGGAGGACGACGAAGAUGAGGAAGACAGUGAGGAGGACUCGGAGGAGGACGAGGACAUGCAGGACAUGGACGACAUGAACAUUUAUAAUGAGUUUCCUGACGAUGGAGAGAUAAAUGAGGUGGACAUGGAGGGAGCAGAACAGGACCAGGACCAGUGGAUGAUCUGAACCUCAUGUAUUUUGUCUCAGAACAGCAGAUGGACACACAGUCGUGUCUUUAGUCUGUUACACUCUCACCAGUCAAGGACAUGACAUACAGGACACACACACACACACACACACACAAAGUUCUGUCUUCUGCUGCCUUUCUUGUAACAGUAAAACAAAGUGCUUUAGGUGUGUGUGUGUGUGUGUUGUUCCAGCUCAGUGUUUGAGUGUGAUGUCUGUAGUGUUUACAUUUAUAUAGAGUUUGUAAA